AUGUCAACAACUAUCGCACAACAUGACCCCCUUUCCCCUUUCAUCCGGCUCACUCCUUCAAUCUACCUCGUUGAACCGCGCGCGCCUCUACCUCAGUCGAAAGACAUCAAGACUAUAGUCCUCUCCUUCUGGUAUAGCGCUCCUCUACGAGCACUUGUCAAAUAUGUUCUCAAAUACGCCGACUUAGCGCCGUCAGCACGCAUCAUCUUCAUUCUAAGUGGGCCGCGAGACUUCUAUCUCUAUCCAACACUGGCAUCGCAUCGACUCCGACUCAAAUCGGCUGUUGAUAUUCUUAUUGCCUGUCAGGAAGGAAAUAAAGAUCAGCCUGAAGAUGGCUAUGAGAAUAACUCGGUGUAUAUACACCUCUUCUCAAACGGCGGCCUGUUCACGACUGCCCAUUUACUGCUGGCCUAUAAACAUGCCACUGGCAAACCAUUGCCAGUCUCAGCGGUGGUUCUGGAUAGCUCGCCUGGCAGACCGACACCGUCGCUGUCCAUCAAGGCAUUGUCGUACGCGUUACCGCGGACACUCAUCAUCCGACAGAUUGGCCUCGCGUUGCUUACCACAAUGAUAUGGGCCACAUACGUGACGCGCAAGUCACUAGCUCUAGCUCAGAACAUUGUCUGGAGAGGGUCAGAUAAAAAUGACCACGAUGAUGAUGUAGCAGUAUACGGCGAUGACCCGUUUGCAUUCACCCGGAAAACGAUCCUCGAUCAGGACUUUAUUGUUGCUGACUUACCCGGGGCUAGUCUCAAGAUGUGCUAUAUCUAUUCGGACUCCGAUGCUUUGGUGCCCUACAAAGAUGUAGAGGAACAUGCAGCUUUAGCAGCUUCGAAAGAGGGCAUCAAAGGCAAGAAGAGAGCGGUUGUACAUUUAGAGCGGUUUAGUGCCACGCCGCAUGUUGGACAUAUGAGGGCGGACCCUAUAGAUAUGCAGGAAACUCGUGGUCUUUGGAUGUCGCUUCUGCUCAACGUUUAUGAUAGGAUUGAAGAUAUUUUACUAUCUGUGGAGGUUGCCUAUCAUAUUCAUGGGUAUUUACCUAUCUAG